AGGCGGUGUCGAUGGGGGGGUCCUUCAGACCGUGGCGCGCAGGACAGCCCCAUGGCGGACUUCGUUGCCGCGAGGGUGACGAGUGGAGCGCAAAACGCGCAGAUGCACGGAGACGCGGCCUCGUCUGGGCCCGGCGGCGACGAUGCCGCCGCCGCCGCGGGCAGGGCAGGCGUCGGUGGCAACGCAGCGCCCGGAGUUUCAAACGCCGGUCCCAGGAUGUUGCAGCCUCCACGGUUCCCAUCAGUACCCCCACCUGGUGGACCUCCACCCAGCGGCCUCCCACCCGGAGGCCCACCUCUAAGUGGCCCCCCAGGGGCAGGGAUAAGAAGUGGGCCCCCACCACCACUGCUGCAGGGACCCCCGCCUCCCUUCGGCAUGGUGCGCGGCAUGCAUCCAUUUGCGCGGUCGCCUUUCGACCCGAACAUGCCGCCAAUGACGCCACCGGGAGGGAUGCACCCUCCUCACAUGCCACCACCGCCACCUCAUCUGCAGAGACCACCGUUUAUGGGACAUCCGGGAAUGGCGGUGCCCCCUGGAAUGUUGUUCCCACCUGGAGUGAUACCUGGUGGCGCUCGUGUACCAACGCCCUUGGCAGCUGCUAACCAAACUCAAACGUCGACGCAGCCGCAAACUCAGCCCCAGAACGUGGUCACACAGGCCCCAGGAACGACCACAUCUGUCGGCCAAACUUCCACGCCAUCCCACGCUCCUGGGCUGGUGGCGACUUCGGCAAUGGUUCUCAAUGCCGCAGUGGAGGAGAUAUGGGUUGAAAAUAAGACUCCUGAUGGGAAGGCUUACUUCUAUAAUGCACGGACAAGGGAAUCCCGCUGGACGAAGCCAGAUGGAGUUAAGGUUGUGCAACAGUCGGAGCUUCCGAUGGUCAUGGAAGCACUGGCGAGUCAAGUGGCGGCUGCAGGACAAGUCUCGGCAGUGAAUCGUGCAACAGCCGCUGGUCAGGAGCAGGCAGGAGUCCAACAGAACCAGGCUCUCCAUCAUCAACCCGCGAGCACGGCCGCUAAUACAGCAAGCCCAAGUAUGUCACGCCCAGCCGUAGGAACCAGCAGUAGCCAUGUUCCAUCUGCGUUGCUGCCCACCCCUGCCACACCUGCCCAGCAAGGCCUUCUUCCCACUCCUUCAGGGAAUGCCCCACCUGGUCUGCUGCCAACUCCAAACUCGUCUCCUACCGCCUCUGCAGCUGGAAGUAACACUGCACGGGCAUCUUCUGUACAGACCACAGCAAGCCAAACAGGCAGCCAGACGGGCAUUGCCAUUACCCACACUGUUUCUGGGUUAUCAGCUCAGACAGGAGCUCCAACACGGGCCACGAUCUCAGUGGUGGCACCUCCCAUGCCAACCUUCCCUCCAGGAUUGGUGCCUCCUUUCAGAAUUCCCAUCCCAGGAAUGCAUCUCCCACUUCCUGUCUUUUACAACCCUGUUGGUGGUAUAGGUCUGAUUGCAGGCAUGCCACCACCACUAGUGCCCAUGAUGCCGCCGCCAGUGGCCGUGGCAGUGGCCAUUUCCACGCCGCAAGGCCUCGUGCUGCCCCAGCCAUCGGCUGAGUGGACAGAGCACAAAACGGCCGAUGGGCGCACGUACUACUACAACAUCCGUACGCUCGAGUCCACCUGGGAGAAGCCUGCCGAGCUCAGGGAGAAGGAGAAGAAGGCACAAGAGAAGGAUGCGGAGAAGAAAGAGCAGUCGCCAAAGGAAAAGGAUGGAGAAGACAUGGAGGUGGACGGUGAGAAGACAGAAAAACUCGAGGUGAAGCAGCCGGAGCCCCAGCAGGAGGAACUGACAGAAGAGGAGAGAGCGGCACAAAAAGCCAAACCCAUAGCUACGACUGCGGUUCCGGGCACCCCAUGGUGUGUGGUGUGGACAGGUGACGAGCGAGUCUUCUUCUUUAACCCGACGACACGCCUCUCCAUGUGGGAGCGCCCCGAGGAGCUCGUGGAAAGAGCGGACGUGGACAGGAUCAUCCAGAGUCCCCCGCACAAACAGGGCAGGGAGCCCGAAAAGCCACCAGAGAAAGAAGAAAAGCCAAAGGUUGAAGAACCAAAGCCUUUGGAGGAAGAAAAUAAGGCGAAAAAGAGAAAGCUGGAGGAGCCGGAGCCGGAGAAGGAGGCGUCCAUGGAAGCGGAGAUCCGUGCGGCAAGGGAGAGGGCCACACUACCGCAGGAGACACGAAGUCAGCAGUUCAGUGAGAUGCUGUUGCAGAGAGGGGUUUCUGCUUUCUCUACUUGGGAAAAAGAACUCCACAAAGUGGUGUUCGACCCACGCUACCUUCUUUUGAAUCCAAAAGAGCGCAAACAGGCGUUUGACGAGUUUGUAAAAGUGCGAGCAGAGGAGGAGAGGAAGGAACGAAAGAACAAAAUGAUGCAGAUCAAAGACGACUUCAAGAAGUUACUCGAAGAUACCAAGGUGACAUCCAGGUCGAACUUUAGUGAGUUUGCCGCCAAGUUUGGGAAGGAGUCGCGGUUCAAGGCGGUGGAGAAGAUGAAGGAUCGCGAAGCUCUGUUCGUCGAAUAUGUCACAGCCUUGAAGAAGAAGGAGAAGGAAAGUGCCAAGUCCAAAAUGGAGAAAGUGCGCGGUGACUAUUUCGGCCUGCUGAUGGAGCAGCAUCUGGACGGGCAGUCACGCUGGACCAAGGCAAGGGAAAGGAUGGAGGGUGACAUGCGAUUCCAGGCCGUCGAGAGCUCUGGCCAGCGCGAGGAGUGGUUUCGACAGCAUGUCGAAAAACUGGCAAAGGCCGGGGACUCUGAGCGCGAGCGGGAGCUGGAGCGGCAGGCGCGCACGGAGGCAAGCCUGCGUGAGCGAGAGCGCGAGGUACAGAAGGCGCGAUCGGAGCAGACGCGCGAGAUCGACCGCGAGCGGGAGCAGCACAAGCGCGAGGAAGCCAUCCAGCACUUCAAGGCUCUCCUGUCCGACAUGGUGCGCUCUUCAGAGGUUAAUUGGGAUGAGACGCGGCGAUCGCUACGCAAAGACCACCGCUGGGAGCUGGCCUCAUUACUGGACCGUAGCGAGAAGGAGAAGUUGUUCAAGGAGCACGUUGAUGCCUUGUCCAAGCGCAAGAAGGAGCAGUUCAAGCAGCUCUUGGAUGAAACUUCGGAGAUAACGUUGACGUCCACAUGGCGUGAAGUCCGAAAGCUGAUAAAGGAGGACCCACGGUGUUCAAAAUUUUCAUCCAGUGACCGGAAAAAGGAACGUGAAUUUGACGAAUACAUUAAAGAAAAAAUGGUUGCAGCCAAAGCCGAGUUCCGAAAUCUACUGAAGGAAACCAAAUUCAUCACUUACAGGUCACGCAGGAUGAUUGAGGACACGGAGCAUUUGCGGGACAUCGAGAAGGUCCUGCAGAAUGACAAGCGCUACCUGGUGCUGGAGUGCGCGUCUGAAGAUCGGCGCAAGAUGAUCUUGUCCUACGUGGAAGACCUGGACCGACGUGGGCCACCACCGCCCCCAACCGCCUCCGAGCCCACACGCCGCUCCAACAAAUAAAGCACUCGCAUGUUCUCUGUAAGGCCCGGCCGUUCCCCCCCCCGCCCCGCUAACUGUUUUCGUGUCCCAUUUACAUCACAGCCAUCGUCCAAAAACAAACUGCCUAUAUCUGUGAAAUUGGAGCAACCCUCGGCUUGAAUUUAAAACGUGUUUUUUUAUUUAAAAACUGAAGUGUCUCUAAGCCCACACUGGUGUACAAGUUGUAGUUAUUUUGUUUUUAGCAGUUGAAAAAAAAACCUUAAAACACACUCAUUGACAAUGUGCUCUCCAUUUUUUUGUCAUCUCCCUUGUGUCAGAGGCAAUGUUCGAGUUUUGCAAGAAUUUUUGUAUAUCUGCCAUUAACACCACCAAUGAUCAUAUUAACAUCACAAAACACAGCUUAAAUUCAGUUAUGGAUUUCCCAGUGUGCUAUUACAUCAGGUUUAAAUCUUUACAAAGGAAAACUAUAUCCAGAAUUGUGAUGAGGCAUGUACAUUCAUUCAUUGUUUGGCUUAUAGUACUUGCUUUGGAGAGAGGUUUAUAUUGAUGCAUAGCAUAAGACGUUUUUGUUGCUUCUGACACCUUUAAAAUGCAAGCACAUAUUUGCGACUAAUAUGUGAAAGGCAAAUGUGUUUACUUAACUAUGCGCAUUAAGAUUUCACAGAUUAAGUUAAAUUGUUUUUAUCAAUGGGUCUAAAAUACACAGCAUAAUUACAUGGAGUGGCUGCUGUUGAAGUUCAUGUUUGUGUUCACAAUAUCACAAGGUGAUUAUUGUUGAGGGGUUGUGUUGAACCAUUGCUGGUGUACCAUGACUGCAGAUGUUGAAAAUUAAAACUUUUUCGUAUGUAAU